AGGAAACUGACAUGAUAAAGCAGUGUUUGUGCAUUUGGCCCGUGUUUUUAUCCACUCGUUUGGACAUGCGAAGUUAUCAGUACGGACACCGGGAAUGCCUAUAAUUUACUCCGUUGCUGUUGGAUUGAUGAGGUUGUUAUUUGGGGAGGACUGUGGAUAAAUUAUGCUGUAGUCAGCUGGUAGAAGUCGAUCGCCUUCGCUGUUGCUUGACAGCGGCUGGGCAAAAAAAAUGUUCUGCCGUUGAGAGAAAGCGACGUCUCCUGAAGAGAAACGGCACCUAAUGGAAUAAAACAAGUCAGUCUGGCCUUGGCUGCCAUUGUGUCCAAUCCCAGUCCCUCUUCGCCUUCCGUCGCCCCUCACCCCUCACCCCGACCCUCUACCCACAUUCCCAUAAGCUACGGGGGCAGAGAUCCAUCGCCGCGCCAUCCACCCGCCCUCCGACCUUGACAUUGACCGCGACCUUUCCCCUGACCUCUGGAACCCUUGUUCCUUCGAAGCGUCCGCUAGACCUCUAACCCAUUCCCCGUCCUGUGCCCCUCUUUCUCCCCCCAGUAUCCAUCUCCCUACUACAUCCUCUCCACCUUCUCCAUCAGUCAGGAUCGAUAUACCUUCCUCUCUCCACAACCCUGCAUACCUGUCUUCCAAACCCCCCAACCUCCCCCUCACAUCCCCCAAGAAUACCUGCUGUAUUUCCAUACCCCUGCAUAGCUGUCAUUCUUAACCCCUGUCAUCCCACCCCCCACCCCUCUCCACACAACACCGCCAGGUUUACCUGGUCUCUUACCCCAGCCUAGCUGUACUCAUCCACACCCCUGCAAAGUCUCCUCCAUAUCCCACAAUUCUUAUGCACACACGGAGCCCUCUGCAACCAGCGAUCAUCUAACAAGCCCCCAACCAGGGACGAAUUAUCCAUAAGGGCCAGUGGCACAGUGCCCAGGGGCACCAACCAUUUACAGCCAGUAAGGGGGAACCACAUGACACAAGUCUUACAAAUAUUGUUCAUAAGGGGGGCACCUGCAAGGUGUAGUGCCCGGGGGCACCACAGUGUCUUAACACGGCCCUGCCCCAACUCCCUCUGACCUUUUGAUCCCCCUCCCCCUUCAUUCCUAACAUCCACUGCACACCUGCUCCCACCCAGCACUUGUGUGUGUGUGUGAGAGCAACUGAAAGUGUGUGAGUGGGAUUGUGUGUGUGCGCGCUUGUGUGGUGUUAGAGCGUGUGUGGUGUGUGUGUGCGUCUGAGUUGUGUGAAUGAGGGGGAUGCUGCGUGUGGGCCGCAGGAACAUGUCCCAGAAGCUGAGCGUGUUCCUGGUGGUGGUGGGCCUGUGCUGGGGCCUGCUGCUGCUGCACUACACCCUGAGGCGGCCCAGCCACCAGAGCAGCGCACAGCUGCGCCAGCAGAUCCUGGACCUCAGCCGCCGCUACGUCAAAGCCCUCAGCGAGGAGAGCCAGGACCCCGCCACAGGACCGCAGGGGACUUCCAUGGCCGGAUACGCGGAUCUGAAGCGGACCAUCGCGGUGCUCCUGGAUGACAUCCUGACGCGGCUGGUGAAGCUGGAAGGGCUGGUGGACUCGGCCGUCAACGCCUCCUCGGUGGCCAACGCCUCCUCUCCCCACGCAGUAGCGGGGCCCGGGGGCCUCGUGGUGUCCGCCCUCUCGUCACCGCCGGCCUCCCUCCAGAGGCUGCUCAAGAGGGACCUCCACCACAAGGACACCUUGGCCCAGCAGCAGCCAGCUGCCAGACACCCCAAAACAGAGGCCCACGCAGCCAAGCAGCAAUCACACACUCCACACCGAACACACACCAAAAGUUGAUACGGGACUUGAUGUUGACUGUGUGUGUAGUGUGGGUGUGGGGUCACUCUACACUGAACACAUACUACAAAGUUGAGACUGGACUUGAUGUUGACUGUGUGUGUGUGUGUGUGUGUCUCUGUCUACAUGUAGUAGUGUGUAGUGUUUGUGUGGCGUCACUACACUGAACACAUACAACAAAGUUCAUACGGGACUUGAUGUUGACCGUGUGUGUGUGCCUGCGUGUGUGGUGUGGGUGUGGGGUCACUCUACACUGAACACACACCAAAAGUUGAGACCGGACCUGAUGUUGACUCUGUGUGUGUCUGCGUGUGGGUGUGGGGUUACUCUACACUGAACACAUACUACAAAGUUGAGACUGGACAUGAUGUUGACUGUGUGUGUGUGUGUGUGUCUCUGUCUACAUGUGUAGUGUUUGUGUGGCGUCACUACACUGAACACAUACAACAAAGUUCAUACGGGACUUGAUGUUGACCGUGUGUGUGUGCCUGCGUGUGUGGUGUGGGUGUGGGGUCACUCUACACUGAACACACACCAAAAGUUGAGACCGGACCUGAUGUUGACUCUGUGUGUGUCUGCGUGUGGGUGUGGGGUUACUCUACACUGAACACAUACUACAAAGUUGAGACUGGACUUUAUGUUGAUUGUGUUGUGUGUCUGCGUGUGUAGACAUAUUACACACCAAACACACACACACACAAAUUUCAGACUGGACUGAUGUUGACUGGGUGUGCAGGCAUAUGCCACACAGUCACUCAAGUGGGGACUAAUGUAUUAUAUUGUGGGUGUGUGUGUGGGGUCCCUCCACACUGAACACACACACACACACACACACACACACACACACACACACACACACACACACACACACACACACACACACACACACACACACACACACACACACACACACACACACACACACACACACACACAACAAAGUUGAGACUGAAUUGAUUUCCACUGUCUGUGUGCAGGUGCCUAUUUGUGCAACUAUGAUCGCUGAGAAAAGAUUAACACUGCUUUUAAGACUGAUAAAUUGAAAUAUAUUAUUACGGUAUAUUUUUUAGAAGGACUCAAGUGCAGCAUUCAAUGUUUACUUAGCUUCAUAUUCCGCUUUUGUCUAUUGUUUGUCAUGGGAGGUAGGCCUAGCUAAUGCUUAAGCACUAUAAAAUAACGGGAGCCAGAACUGUGUGUGUGUGUGUAUAUGCGUGCGUGCGUGCGUGUUGAAAGAUACAUGUAUUUUUCCCAGUGUUUGGAUUUACGUUGGCUUGUAUGUCUCCCAUGACUUCUGAGGGCUCAAUGAAACACACCUUUGUUUGUUUUUUUA